CGUACCGCAAGGCGGCACAGCAGAUUCACUCGGCACACCAACAAUACGAUUUCCGGUGCUGUUGCAUCUUCGCGGCUGACCACAACACCAAGCCGAUGACGACGAUGACGAUGAUGACACGACGACUCACCAGCAUACCCCCUUCGUUGUUCUAUAGGGCCGCCUCGGUUUCGUCGAGAACACCAAGAGCAAUGCGCCGGGGCCGCUUCGUUGCGCAACCGCUACAAACCCACGGCGGCUCCGCUUCGCAGUUCCCCGGCGCGGGCCCCACGCUCGUCCGCGGGUUUUCUACCGGGGAAAAGCCGAGCGACGACCCCCAUCCCCCGGAGGCACCGGCACCGGCAUCGGCCGCCGAGGAGCUCCUGGAGGCAUCGGCGCGGGGCGUGGGCCAGGUGAUCUUUCUCAACAGCUCCCACUCGGGAAGGAUCCUCGGCCUGGGCCUGGUGAUCGGCGAUCCGUACCUGGCCACCCUGGCCGCUUUGGGGACCGUCGCCGCCACCGCGACCGCCACCGCCGCGGGCCUCGACCGGGCCUCCGUCCGGGACGGGCUUGCCGGGUACAACGGCUGCCUCGUGGGGUGCGCGUCGGCCGUCUUUGGCCCGCCGUCGGUCCUGGCCGCCACCACGGCCACCCUUAUCGGGGCGUCGGCGACGCCCUUUGUGGCGGCGGCGCUGAAGGAAGCCAUGGGAGGCGUGCCCCAGUGGACCCUUGCCUUUAACGCCGUGGCCCUCAAUGCGUUCCUGCGGUCGCGCCCGCUGCUGCCGGACGCCGCGGAGGGGGGGGCCGCCGCCGAGGCGGCAGCCUCGUCCGGGGGCAGCGUGUUCGUCGACGUCCUCCUUUCGCCGCUCACGGGAAUCUCCCAGAUCUUUGUGGUGCAGUCGGCACUGUCGGGCGUCGUCGUUCUCGGCGGGAUCGGCUCGUACUCUCCCAUGCUCGCCGUCCACGCGCUCGGAGGGAGCACCGUGGGAACGCUGGUGGGUGCCCUGGGCGGGGCACCCCUGGAAGAACUGACCAUGGGCCUGUGGGGGUUCAAUAGCUGCCUGACGAGCAUGGCCGUGGGCGUCUUCUUUGUCCACUCGACGCCCACGGUGCUGCUGAGUGCGGGCGGUGCCGCUGCGACGGCGUCCUUGUUUGGCACCAUGAAAACGGUCUUUGGUGCCUACGGCUCUCCCUGCCUGACGCUGCCGUUUUGCGUGACGAUGAGUGCGUGUUACCUGUUGCAACGACAGGUGCCGGCGCUUGUCUUGGCCAAGGAUCCCCACAGUCCGGAGAAGAACGAAACGUGAGAUUGUAUGUGGCGAGCAGUACGAAGUCAAAGGCUGAUUCUAA